CCGCGCUGCGAUUUUUGAGCGAGAUCGUGAGCGGACGCGCGAAUAGAGGAGGAGGAGGAGGCGGAGGCGGCGGCGGCGCGCUACCUGAGCGGCGCAGAGAGAGCCACGGACACGGCCAUUGGCGAGUGAGCAGAGAGCCUUCCUUGCGCCCGUGGUUCUUUCGCCGAGAGCCAGCGUGCGUGAGCGAGGCGGCUGUGUGUGGCGGUGCUGGGUUUGCGUGGUCGUUCACGGCGGCGUCGUUGCAGCAGCAGCAGCAGCCUCAGCAGCACCGUGUGACAGUGUUAGCGAUGUGAGCGAGGGCCACUGCCAUGCCGGGGAUCGUGGUGUUUCGACGGCGUUGGUCGGUUGGAAGCGACGACCUCGUUCUUCCGGGGAUCUUCCUCUUCCUCCUGCACGCCGUGUGGCUCGUGGUGCUGUGCGUGGUGCUGUUCGGCGUCCACUUCGACGCGGGCAAGCUGUGCUCGCCCACGCUCGUCGACCAUGGCAGAGGCUACCUGGGGAUCCUGCUAGCGUGCACCGUCGCCGAGGCGGCCAUGGUGUGGAUGAGCAUGCGGGGCAGCAUACUGUACACGGAGCCGCGGAGAUUCAUGCAGCACAUCAUCUACAUCCGACUGGCAAUUCUCGUUGUGGAAUUUGUCUACUCCAUCGUCGGCGUGGUGUGGAUACUCACGUACUACUUUUCCUGCGACGACACCGUGGCACGCAGCGUCACCGCCGGGAUCGUGACGUGCAACUGGUUUGUGAUCAUCGGAGUGUGCAUCACGCUGACCUGCGUCUUCGACAGCACCGGCAGGACUUUCGUCAAGCUGCAGGCCAGGAAGAGCCGGCAGCGGUCUCUCACGACCUUUAACCUCCGGCAUCGGAUGGAGGAGGGCCUCACAAACAACUGGGCACAGAGGCUCAAGCUGUUCAUGUGCUGCGCCAGAACCAAGGACACGCAGACCGACGCCUACUCCGAGGUGGCCGUGCUGAUGGCCGAGUUUUUCCGGGACUUGGACAUCGUUCCGUCGGACAUCAUCGCCGGCCUGGUGCUCAUGCGGCAGCAGCAAAGGGCUCGGAGGAAUGCGGUGCUGGACGAGGCAAACAAUGACAUUCUGGCCUUCUUGUCUGGAAUUCCCAUCGCACGGAAGACCGAGUAUCUGGACCUCAAGAAUUCUAAUGUCAUGAGCAUGUACAAGGACGUGUGCUACUACAUGCACUACGCGCUGGCUGCGUAUGGGUGGCCCAUGUACCUCAUCAGGAAGCCGGCCUGCGGGCUCUGCAAGCUCAUGGCCAACUUUUCGUGCUGCUGCCUGGGCUACUGCGUGCGGAGGCACCGAUUCUCUCCCAGCCUCACGGUGCAGGAUGACAACUGCUGCCAGUGCAACGUGGCCGCGAUCCGCCGCCACUUCCUGGACGAGGGCCUCUCGGGGGUGGAGAUCGUCUUCGCCUCCAUCCACGACGCGGUCUACGAGACGCCCUUCUACGUGGCCGUGGAUCACGACAAGAAGCGCGUUGUCGUGAGCGUGCGGGGCACGCUCUCGCUCAAGGAUGCCCUUACGGACCUGACGGGCGACGCUGAACCCUUGCCGGUGGAAGGACAUCCUGGCACGUGGCUCGGGCAUAAGGGAAUGGUGUUCUCUGCCAAGUACGUUAAGAAGAAGCUUGAAGAGGAGAUGAUUCUAUCCCAGGCCUUCGGACGAGACCUGGGCCGAGGCACGAAGCACUACCACCUGGUCAUCGUGGGCCACUCCCUCGGGGCGGGAACUGCUGCCAUCUUGUCCUUCAUGCUCCGCCCGCAGUACCCCACGCUCAAGUGCUACGCCUACUCUCCCCCGGGAGGGCUUCUCAGUGAAGCAGCGAUGGAGGAGUCCAAGACCUUCGUCACGUCCGUCAUUCUGGGAAAAGAUCUGGUCCCGAGGAUUGGGCUGCCCCAGCUUGAGACGUUUCGGAGGCAGCUGUUGGACGUGCUGACGAGGACCAACAGGCCGAAGUGGAGGAUCAUCGUGGGGGGCACCAAAUGCCUGCGGAAGUCGGAGCUCCUCUCCGAGGCGGAGGCGAACCACAUGGUGAACAACAAGCUGGGCAGCUUCCACAGCGACAUGUCGCUCACGCCGUGCUCCUCCAUCCCGCUGUACCCGCCGGGGAACAUCGUUCACGUGGUGCACAACCACCCGCCUGACACCUGCUGCUGGAAACAGGAGGAGCCCACGUACCACGCGCUGUGGGCUGACAACAAGAGUUUCCACGAGGUGGUGAUCUCCCCGGCCAUGCUGCACGAGCACCUGGCCCACGUGGUCAUGGACGGCAUGCACAAGGUGCUGGAGAACUACAACAAGGGCAAGACGGCGCUGCUGGGAGCCGCCAAGAUCAUGGUCAGCCCCACCAUGGACCUGGACCCCAAUGCCUGCCUCGUGCAGAACAACACGGAGCGCAAGAGCGAUCUCAGCCUCAGGAGCAACAAGGAGUCGGAGCUGUCGUGGGAGUACACGCACCCGGCGGAGCGCGAGGUGGGAUCGGGCCGCGCCGCCGCCGCCGCCGCCGUCGACCAGCUGCUGAGGGACACGCGCGAGCAGCUCGUCGCGGAGCUCAACGAGCGGCGGGCGCCGCUCGCCACCGUCGAGAGCCUCUCGGACAACGACUCCAUCGGCAGCUUCGACUCGCGGCGCUCCUCCGGCUUCCGCAGCGUGCGCAGCUCGCCGAGCCUGCGCGUGGUGAUGGAGCGCGACGAGCCGCCCUGCUACUACGUGGACCCCGUGAUCCCCGAGGAGAACCCCUCGCUGAGCUCGCGCAGCGAGGCCGCGCCCCACGACGCCGCGUCGAGAAAGUCUCCGGAGGCCCCGGGGGGCGACGACGACGACGACGAGGAUGGCGGCGGCGGGGGCACGGGCGCGGCGAGGGACUCGUCCGACGGCGGCAACCGGCGGCGGCCGGCGCCGGUCAACGUGCAGCCCCCCAAGGGGGGCGGCGUGGAGGCGCUGAAAGGGGACCUGGUGAGCGGCCUCGCGAACGAAAACGGCAAGGUGAACUGCGCGCCGUGCUCGCGCAGCAGCGAGCGAGUGUGCGUGCCCAGCCCGGACGUGCGGCAGUUCUCGGAUUUUAUCGACAGCGUGUUCAACUUGGACAACCGCAGCAGCUCCUUCCAGGACACGUACCGACUGGCGUUCGAGGACAGCUUGGACGAGCUGAAGGAAAUGGUGAAGUCCGUGAGCGAGCGGGAGAUAAGCGAAUGCGGCAAGGUCAAAACGAAGAGCGCCGGCAGCCAGGCGGCCUCCUCGGAGGCCAUAACGACGUCGGGCAUCUCCGUGUCACAGUCCGGCCCGAUGAGCCCCUCCAGCGAGGCCUGCACGACGAGCUCCACGCUUUUGGCAAGCCACGAGCAGCUCAUCGCCACCAAACCGGGAAACUGUCACCGGGACAGUGAGCCGGUAGACUGCUACGUCUCCACCAUCUAGAGGUCCUCUUGGCGUUUUUCACUCCCUCACCGCAAGUGUAAACGGAGCGAGCCAAGUCGGGAAAAUAAACCGCCGUGGAAAUGGAUAGCCCCGGAGACUUAGCGAAAUUGGCGAAUAGGGCCCUGGAGGGGGGCGGUUCAUAGUCUUUGGCUAAACUCAGACAUACAUUGUCUGGUGUUCGUGUAGGCGGUGUAGACGUGCCCCGGGUAUUGUGGGGCGUGCGCUUUAAACAAAAGCGGAGGUGCUCGGCUUUGACCCGAAGCUUCGUUGAGACAAGGCGCGAAGUCGCCGCUCGGCUCGAGCUGGGAGUCGUGCAAAGCGUGGCGCCGUAAUGCGAUCUUGAUUGGGUGAGCGUCUGCAUCCCGAGCGUGCGGCCGAGCCUCGACUUGACCCUUUUGCAGCCUUUGGACACAGAAUUGAAAUGCAUUUUCGUUCGGGAUGGGUUUGCACUCUUUGUCUCUUUUUGUUUUGUUUUUGUACCACUUUGUGGAACUUGCCACUGUGGUGGGGUUAUGCCCCGAGCUUCUUGGGUGCUGAGGGAAAGUGGACCUCUGCGAAGUACCACCGCAUUGGUGGAACUUAAGUGGGAAAAUUUAUCGCAAACACAAUGUCGGUGACAGUGGAACCAAACCGAGGAAAGGAAAGGGUUAACAUCACAAUUGCAUGCACGCAUGUCUUGUACAUACUAUAUCCUCUAUGCACUGACAAACGUAAUUUAAUUCAGCGAAAUCACGACACCGGCACUUUUAAAAAGUCACGUUAAACAAAAAAAAAACGUUUAAGUAUCCUCCCUUGCAAAUAAAGAUUCCCCCAGCCCCAUUAACUGGACAAAAAUGUAUUGAGGCCAAGACGAAAUUUCAUAUGCUGAAAUAUUCCGGCUGUUUUUUUUUUCACGACCCAAUGUACAUGUACGCAUCACUCCUGUUAAUAUGUGGGGGGGGGGGGGGGGGGGAGUAGCUUAUCAGCGAUGUAUGUUAUCUGCACAUCAGCUCUUCCUUUUAUCCAUUACUUCUUGGGAUUUGAGUAACACUGCGGAGCGCAUUUGAUCUUUCCUGCGAUAUCCUGGAGGCGUUGAGGCAACCGCUUUGUCUCGUCCACAGCAAUCUGUGGGAUGACACCACUGUGUCGCCCUCAAGAGCCGUUGUCCAUUGUACGCAGACGCACCCAUUACACCAGGUCCAUUGGCUUCACCACGGAUGAGUGGGUCUUCUCGGACAAUGCUCAUCUCGUCCUUGUUAUGGACAAGGUGAAUCUCCAUGCAGUGCUCUCAGGUAAUAUCGGAGCCCAACGGAAGUCCACGAUCGCCGGCGUCUUUGGGAAAGGACGCGGCUCUUGGAGAGACAGACUAACAUCGUCCCCGAGGCUAACAUUGCCCAUAGACUAAUAAGUUAUUGAGUAAUAUUGUGACCAGAUAACAUGAGUUGGCAGGGCGGGGGGGGGGGGGGUGACGGUGAGGCUGGCACUUAAAAUGGCGAGAGACAAAAAAAAAUCCUGGUUGCAAUUUGCAUCUCUUCUCAUCUUAUUCCGGCGGCUAGAAAAAACACACCAACAACAACAACAACAAAAAUAUUCCCGUUAUGCUCUUACGUUUUUUUUUUAAUCCCUGUAACCAUUGAUUACCGUCGAAAAAAACCCUCUUGGUACGGGCGACCCGAGAUGUGAAAAACAACUCGGCGUGACUUUUGGGCCUCACAGACACACACACACACGCUGCGUAGACAUAUCUAUCAUGGCCCAUUUGCCAAAUCCACGGCUGGAUGAAGGCCCUCCCACGCCAAGUUGGUCGCGGUCGCUUGACCGCACUUCACCCGCGCUGUCUAGUGCCGGUUGCGGAUGGAAGGGGUUGGGUGUGUGCGCGCGCGCGCAAGGCUCCACCAGUUCACAUAAUGACUUGCCACCCACGUCAGCCAUUAGCUGGGAAUCGAACUCGGCCGACCGGAACACACCACGGCGCGGAAAAAGUUCAACGUGCAUACACGACGUACUGUUGUAACCGAUUCCCUAAGGCCACCUCGAAUCCGGGGUGUCCGACUCAUUUCACCUCCACCGGCACUGCCUCGGGAUGUUGCUGGAUUCCAGGCUGCAGCACACGCCGCCUGAUUUGACGACGGAGGUUGGAGAGAAAGCGCACUUGGUCACGACCCGCUCGCAUGUUGUCCUGCGAUUGAGAGGAUUCUCAUCGACGAAAAGGGAUGUUAGCGUGCAUAGCCAUCCUUCAGACUGCACCUUAUUUAUAUAUGUGUAUAAGUUGCAGUGAAUGGUCACGCCUCUUAAGUUGCUCGAUGGGGGUGACGUGAACCCAAUUGCGUACACCACAGAGCAUUCGAACGUUUUGGCGGUUACACAGGUGCACGGUAUUUUCACGCAAUUCCGCAACCCCGGCCAGAAAAUCUUGCGGGGCGGGGGCGCGUCGCAAACGGAAAUGUCAGUGAAACAAAUUUGAUUGUAGACUCUU